AUGUCGGAUGACUACCCCGGCAGGUACUUUGGCGAGCUUGCUGCGAGCUUCGCCCGGUCGACAACCAGACAAGCGUCCUCGACCGAGGUGCUCGAGCUCAUCAAGCAAUUCUCCGGACCGCGCGGAGGGCUACUCGAGGCUCACAUGUACGCGCGGCUCGAUCCUGACGAGACGUGUACCUCCGGCGAGCGCGGCAACGCGCCAGGCUGUCCCGAAGUGACGCGCUCGCAAGGCUAUCCCUCGUAUUUGGGUGUCUUUCCCAAGGAUGCCUGUACCUGCGGCGGUGUCAAGGUGGGGGCGACGCUCACGGGCACUUGGACUACGCUGCUCGUCAAGCCGUCGCUUGGGCUGAUGCACGCAAAUGGGAUCAAGCGUGGGACGCAAGCGACCUACAGCGUGACUUCCUGUCUUCGACCAGAGUGCCUCCGGAAGUCUAUCGACGCUUGGGAAAAGACUGUUCGCAAGGAAUCGAAGAGCUCAUACCUGGAGAGAAAGCUUGUCAAAGGCGUUGGCAGGGUUGCAGCUCGAGUAUACGAUGACGAGUUCAUCGGAUCGGUGUACCUCCCCUUUACAAACAACAAAGACGAGAGUGGGAUCACGGCGCAUGCUGUCUUUCUGCGAUGGCAGAUCGACCCAGAAAGGCGUGGACGGCGCGACCCUCCUACUGAUCAAUACGACUACCGGCCCCCGCUCCUCCCAUCCAAUCAAGACAUCAGAUUUACUUCCAUACAGCAGAUCCAAUCCCUCUACGACAGGGCUGCCUCCCUUGGUCUACUCCUGUCCAGUCUACAUCCCAACGUCCGACGGAAGGGGAAUUCUGGUCCGCUAAGGCCCAAGAAGCUGAUGCUCCUUCGCGCGGAUCCGAUUGAGAGUCAAUUGCAGAGUCGACGAGCGCACUGGUUGGCGCAGCGAGCGCAUCCAGCAAGCAGGCGGACGAUGAGCAGCAAGAUGACACCCAGCUGGUCGGCGAUGGGGACAGCUUGGUUCACUUUGGUGAAGGCAUAUGAAUCUGUAAAGAUUGAGUCUCUUGGUCCUGUCGAUUGUUUUGGCUCAGCCUACGCUCGUAAUGUACAAGUACGUUCAGUCGUUCCGAGUAUGUGA